AUGCCACUAAACCCGGGGUCCCCCUCCCUCGCCCGCCCGAGGUUUUAUUCAGAUGGCCACCCGAGACCGCACGCAGCGCGGCACUUCCGCACUCCCCGAUCGGCAGGCAAUCGCGCAACUGAUAGCGCAGUGGGCGCUCAUCGAGACACGACUCCGCCGGGUGCCAAGAUGCAGCGCGGGGGCACGCGCAAGGAGCGGCUGCUGCGCGCCAAGAUGAUGAAGAAGAAGCUGGACGACGACAACUCGCCGCUGGGCGCGGGCGCCAGCACGUUCGAGGACAUCCUGCAGAUGUCGGACCUGUCGGAGCAGUCGCUGCUGGCCAACCUGCGCAAGCGCUACGAGCACGAGCUCAUCUACACGUACGUGGGGCCCAUCCUCAUCGCCAUCAACCCGUACCAGCAGCUGGGCGACGCCUACAGCGAGAAGAAGAUGACCGAGUACUACGGCAAGGCCAUGGGCAUGCUGCCCCCGCACGUCUUCGCGCUGGCCGACCACGCCUACACGCAGCUCAUCCAGGGCGGCGCGCUGGACCCGGCCAACCAGAGCAUCAUCAUCAGCGGCGAGAGCGGCUCGGGCAAGACCGAGACCACCAAGAUCAUCAUGCAGUACCUGGCGCGCGCCACGAGCUACCGCAAGGGCCCCGACGGCGAGGGCGUGGCCCCCCUGCUGGCGGGCGCGGACAACGCGCUGCGCGAGCGCCUGCAGCUCAAGACGCCGCACGACUACGAGUACCUGCGCAAGAGCGAGUGCUUCAGCAUCCACUCGUGCGACGACGCCAAGGAGUUCGCCACUACCAAGAGGUGCAUGGAGACCAUUGGGAUCACGGAGGACAGGCAGGAGAUGGUGUUCGAGCUGCUCGCGGCCGUGCUGCAGCUCGGCAACUUGCAGUUCGCUAUGGAGAACGACACAUGCGUGACCGUCGGCGACGACUCGGCCAAUGGCAUGAAGCUCGUGGCGUCGCUGCUCAAGGUGAGCGAGGACGCGCUGUCCAAGGCGCUGCUGACGCGCCAGCUUUACGUGGGCGGCAAGGUCAUCGUGCAGCAGCAGAACUCGGAGCAGGUGCGCGACAAGCGCGACGCGCUGGCCAAGGGCAUCUACUCGUCGCUCUUUCUGUGGCUCGUGUCCGAGCUGAACCGCACGAUCUCGCGCAACCAAGAGAAGUGGGGCUUCAUCGGCGUGCUGGAUAUCUACGGCUUCGAGAAGUUUGAGUGGAACACGUUCGAGCAGCUGUGCAUCAACUACGCCAACGAGAAGCUCCAGCGACACUUCAACCAGCACAUGCUCGAGGUGGAGCAGAACGACUACGCGAAGGAGGGCAUCGACUGGAAGCACAUUGACUUCGAGGACAACCAGGAGUGUCUGGACCUGAUCGAGAGCAAGGUGAACGGCAAGCCCGGCAUCUUCAUCUCGCUGGACGACAACUGGCGGCUCAAGGGCGAAGAGGCCAACAAGAAGUUCGUGUCGAACCUGCACAACUCGUUCGGUCGCACGUCCAGCGGACACUCGAGCAGCAAGAACAAGUUCUAUGUGCACCCGAAGAUGGACGCGGACUUGCACUUUGGCAUCAAGCACUACGCCGGCGAGGUGAUCUACGACGCCAGCGGCUUCAACGACAAGAACAAUGAGACGUUGAACGACGACAUGAAGGAGCUCAUCCGACAGUCCAAGAGCGACUGGCUUCGCGGAAUCUUUGACCUGAACAUGCAGUCGAUCGAGGCCAUUCCUGGCAACAAGCCGCAGCAACAGCACUCGAUCUCUCGGCGCCCGAAUGAGAUGAAGGGCAAGGGAGCACAUCAGCAGGGAAAUAAGUCGCGCAACAUCCGCGAGGUGUCUGUGAGCGCCCAGUUCCGGUACCAGCUCCAGGAGCUCAUGGGCAAGAUUUCUCUCGCAAACCCUCGGUAUGUGCGUUGCAUCAAGCCGAACGAGUUCAAGCGUCCGAGCGAGCUUAACGACCAGGACUGCGCGCGUCAGCUCAAAUACUCCGGUAUGAUGGAGGCGAUUCAGAUCCGUCAGCGUGGUUUCGCUCUGCGUGAGGACCACGACGUGUUCUUUUACGACUACCAGUCUCUCGCGCCUGACGCUGAGAACGUCAAGGAGCUUGUGGAGGAAAUCUCGUCUAUGCUGGGUGCAGGUAAGGAAGAGUGGCAGCUGGGCAAGACGAAGGUGUUCCUGAAGAGGGCCAUGGCGUUCAAGUUGCGAAAGCUGGAGGUGCUGCGGUGCAAGUCUGCCGCACGUGCUAUCCAAAAAUGGGUUCGUAACAUGGCGAGGGCUGAAGCUGCUAUCGUGAUUCAAACGAAGGCUCGACAGUUCGUGGCGAAGCGACGACUGCAGCGACUGCGUCGUAGUGCCUACCGUGUGAUGUACAUUCUUCGUAUGCGUGUCGCCAUGAGCAAGUACCAGCGGUUGCGUGCGGAGUACCGUCUUCAGAACGAAAAGGCUGUAGUUGUGCAGAAAAUUGCGCGUGGAUACUUGAUUCGUAAGCGGGACUUGCUUCAUCCGUUUGGAGGAAUGGGUCCGAAGGAAUUAGACGCAAAGAUCGUGGAGAUGGAAAAGGCCAUUGAAGAUGCAGCACUGAGCAAGCAGUUCGAACUGUGUGCAAACUUGCAGCUGGAACUGGAAAAAAUCGUUGAGGCUCGUAAGAAGGUUCGCACCGCGAAGGAAAUCGACGCCGAGAUCAAGAAGCUGAACGAGGACAUGGAGGCAGCCGCGAUGUCGAAGCAGUUUGGGUUGUGUGCCGAUCUCCAGAAGCAACUUGAGGCGCUGCAGGAAGCUCGUAAGCACGUUAAGGAGGAUCUCAACGAGCUGGAGCCCGAGGAGCUUGACGAGCGCAUUCAUGCGAUGGAAGCUACCAUUGCUGAAGCAAUGGCCGCGCGCGACUUCGGCAAAUGCAGCGAUCUUCAGAUCAGCUUAGAUGCGUUGGUGACUGCUCGGAAGAAAAAACAGACCCCCGAAGAGCUGGAUGCGGAGAUCGAGAGGCUGAACCAGGAGCUUGACAACUUGAUGAAGAAGAAGCAGUUCGACAAGUGCGCGCAGCUUCAGAAGGAUAUUGAUGUUGUCAAGAAGAAGAGGGCGAAGUUCCCUGCUCCAGUUCCGAAAACUCCGACGCCACCGCUUUCUCCGAAGAAGGCAGAGCCGCCGGCAGAGCCAACGCCGCCUCCGUCGCCGAAGAAGGAGACACCGCCGCCGGAAGAGCCUGAACCGCAGCCUGCUACCCCUGUUGCUCCUGCUCCGCCGUCGAACAUGGAUCGCAGCGGUAUUCCGCCUGCGCGUGAGCCCACUCCGGCACCGACCUCCGCUCCUGCUGCUUUCCCUGGUGAGAAGCAGCCUGCGUUUGAGAUUCCUGAGCCUGCUUCUAAGGCGGUCCCGGCUCCUCAGGCAGUCCCUGCCCCGCAGGCAUCUCCUGUUGCGUUAACCCCGGCGCAAUCGUUUGAGGAUUACCCAGCUGCUCCAGUGAAUGACUACCCGGUCCCUCAGGAGGUCCCUACGGCGCCUGCUCCGACGAUGCCCAAGCGACCGCCAGCAAUUUACAACGGCCCUGCUCCGACCAUGAGGAGGGGGGAUGCGAAGCCGCCCACUAUGACUCCGGUGAUGCCGCAACGUCGUGCCCGCUCAGGCUCCAACAGCUCUGCAACCUCUGGACACUCGUUUGCGAGGUCGCACUCGUCGAUGAUGUCGACGUCUUCUAAGACGAAGAAGUCAACGUCUACGUCAGAUCCGUCGCGCACUGUUGCCCGCCUCCGGCCUGCCAAGGCGAUCACGGUAAACGAGGACGCGACAGUGUUAGAAGCUGCUAGAAUGAUGAAAUCCCACCGCGCAGCAGCAGUGCUUGUGACCAAUUGGGAGGGCGCACUGACCGGCAUCUUUUCGGACACUGAUGCCGCUCGUCGUGUGGUUUCCAAGGGCGUGGACUCCGCUAGAAUCACUGUUGGAUCUGUUAUGACGCCGAACCCCAGCUGUGUCAGCCUGGAGGACAGCGCAGUCGAUGCGAUGGACAUCAUGCUGAGCGGAAAGUUCCGCCACUUGCCCGUGAUCAGUUCUCACAGCGGAAACAUUGUCGGAAUUCUCAACGUGGCGAAGUGCUUGCACGAUGCCAUUCGACGAGUGGAGAACAUGUCAUCGUCUCUGCAGCAAGAGCUUGGUGCGAGCUCGAACAAUGUCAUGCUGCGUGGAAUGCUCGAGAAGAUGUUGUCUCCGUCGCUCCAGGAUGUGGUAUCGGCGCCAGGCGAGGUUAUGCCGCCGCUUGUAUACGGAAACAUGACGGUUUAUGAGGCGACGACGUACAUGGCGGAGACUAGACGGCCAGCUCUUGUGGUUUCAUCAAAUCCGGAAUUCCAGGAGCUUAUCGGUAUCUUCACGCCGAAGGACGUGCUGCAUCGCGUCAUUGCGGAGGACUUGGACGUGAACACCACUACGGUUAGUCAGGUGAUGACUCCGAACCCGGAGUCUGCCGCUCCAGAGACGUCGGUGUUGGACGCCUUCCACAUUAUGCACGAUGGCAAGUUCCUGAAUUUGCCGGUGGUGUCUCCGGACUCUGGUGAUAUUAUGGGCGUUGCGGAUGUGCUGUCAAUUAGUUUGGCUUCUUUCGGAGAGGCGCGCGACAUCGGCAAGUUCUUCAACGCUGCUUUCGACUACCAUGACGAUGACACCAACUCGAUCGUGUCAGGCAGGUCUACGUCCAACAUGUCUAAUGCCAGCAAGGUGCGUCAGCAGAAGGACCGCGAUAAGGGCGUCAACGUUCGCCCCGUGUCAAGCCUGCGCCCCCUUCCGGCUAUCACGAUCGACGAAGUUGCGUCCGUUUUUGAAGCUGCUUUGCUGAUGAAGCAGAAGCGAACGGACGCGUUGCUGGUUGUGGAUGAAGCUGGCGGCCUGAAUGGUAUUUUGACCGACACGGAUAUUUGCCGCCGCGUGCUGGCGCUGAACCUGAUUCCCGAGGAGGUGCCUGUGUGCAACGUGAUGACGAGGGACAUCAAGUAUGUGUCUCCCAACGACAGCGCCAUCGACGCGCUGCUUUCGAUGCAGGAGGGACACUUCCGCCACCUGCCGGUUGUGGAUGGCGGCAGCAUCGCUGGCGUCCUGAACAUUGGCAAAUGCAUUUACGAUGUCUCGAAGCGCCUCGAGCACGCUACGCAGUCCACGGACCAGUUGAAAGCAUCACUUGAGAAGAGCGGUAAGUCGUCAACUCUCCAGCAACUACUGGCUCCCAUGUUGGAGAAGCUCGCUACGCCUACUUUAGGGUCUAUCCUGGAGAACGAGACUCAGAAUGGAUCUACCCCUGCUCCGCGUCUUCCGAAGUCGUCCCUGGUCAGUGAUGUGGUCAAGGCGAUGGCAUCGACGAAGAAGGCGGCGCUUAUUGUCGACGACUUCAACUUCGACAAGCUGGUGGGCAUCUUCUCCCCGAACGAGCUCGUGCUGAAUGUGAUUGCGAAGGGAUUGAAGACGUCGGCUACGUAUGUUGAAGAGGUGAUGCAGAACGACCCGGAGAUCGCUACGCCUUCGACGUCUGUGCAGGACGGCUUGCACAUCAUGCACGACUCACGCUGCCUCAACCUGCCUGUGUUGAAGGACGACUCGAAUGAGCUCGUUGGCAUGGUCGAUGUGCUGGACCUCAGCUACGGCACAAUUGAUGCCAUCUACGGCGAGAACCGUGAGCAGAUGCAGGAGUUUUGGAACACGACGCUGCAGCUGGACCAACCUUCUUUGCCUUCGGAAGCUGGCGACCGUGAGCGCACGACGCUGAUGUCCAGGGCUGAACGCGAGGAGAAGAGUCGCACAGUGGCAAAGCUGCGGCCAACCAAGGUGUUGACUGUCUCGGAGUCCACAACCAUUGCGGAGCUGUCUCGGACAAUGGGCCGCAACAAGAUGGACUGCGUGCUGGUCGUGUCGGACGAGGGAAUGCUCAACGGUAUUAUCACGGACACGGAUCUGACGCGCCGUGUUGUCUCGGAGAACAAGCCGCUGGACUCGACACGUGUGGGCGACGUCAUGACUCGUAACCCUGUGUUUGUGUCCAUGGAUGAUCCUGCCAUUGAUGCGCUUAUUUGCAUGUUGGAGGGCAAGUUCCGCCACUUGCCGGUUGUUGAGCGCAAUGGCCCCGUUGUGGGCAUCCUCAGCAUUGCGAAGUGUCUGUACGAUGCUAUCAGGAAGAUGGAGAAGUCGGAGCAGUCGUCGGCAGCGCUGCGUCACACGUUGGAGAAGGAGAUGAAAAGCCGCGUGAAUGGUGGCGCUCGUACCGGUGGUGUUUCCCAGCUCCUUGGAUCGAUGGUGAAUAAGAUGUUCUCACCGGACAUCAAAACGGUGAUCGACGAAGAAGGCAUCGAUCCUCCGCGCGUGCAGCGGUACACCUCUGUCUACGAAGUUUCCAAGCAAAUGUCCAUCACUAAGAAGGCAGCUCUGGUUGUGAACAACCGCGGCCAGUACUGCGGUAUUUUCACCCCCAAGGAGAUGCUGGAGAAGGUGCUUGCCCGUGGACUGCCUGUCCACACGACGCCUGUGUGCGAAGUGAUGCUGGAGAAGGACGUGACUAUCAACGGAGCUACCUCCGUGAUUGACGCUAUGCACACGAUGCAUGAUCACAAGACGCUGUACCUGGCAGUGAUGCAGUCUGAAACGAACAAGCAGCCCAUCGGUGUGAUCGAUGUGCUUUCUCUGAGCUAUGGGUCUUUCGCGAAGGGCAAGCCCAGUGAGUGGAAGUCUUUCUGGAACGCUUCGUUGGAGGCUACCGAUGACGAUGAUGUGUCGUCGCAGCACAGUUUCCGCAGUGGCUUCUCCCACAACCUCGCGCCAAGCAGUGCGGGCAUGAGCCAAAAGGGCCGUCAGGCUAGUUUGGCAACGGGCAAUGUGCGCCCUGUGUCGAAGCUGCGGCCAUCCAAGGCGAUCACGAUUUCGGAGACGUACUCUGUUGCUGACGCUGCGAAGGAGAUGAGCAUUGCGCAGACGGAUGCUGCACUGAUCAUUGGACGUGACGGCGGACUGCUCGGUAUCCUUACCGAUACUGAUGUGACGCGCCGUGUGGUGGCUCUCGGCAACGAUCCGUUUUACGUGAGCGUGCUCGACGCGAUGACCCCGGACCCGAAGUUUGUGGAUGAACGCGAUAGCGCCAUGGAUGCUAUGUUCAUGAUGCUUGAAGGCAAGUUCCGCCAUCUUCCCGUUGUGGACGAAACAGGUAUGGUCGCGGGUAUGCUGCGCAUCCAGAAGUGCCUGUACGACGCCAUCACGCGUAUUGAAAAGGUCCAGCAAUCGUCGAGCGGCUCGCUCCGAGCUCGUCUGGAGAAGCAGCUGCAGGCCACCGGUAUUGGUACUGGUCAAGGUGCGCUGAAGCAGCUUGUGGCCCCCAUGGUGGAGAAGCUUCUUUCGCCCACGGUUGAUUCGAUUCUGGAGGACGAGACGCUCCCUCCGCUCGUGAGCGAGCACGACACGGUGAUGGAAGUGGCGCGUCAGAUGGCUGCGUCCCGCAAGGCCGCGCUCAUUGUGGAGGACCCGAACGGUGACAACAGCUCGUCUGUUAGUGGAGGACACCGCUCUUCGAUUAGCGGAGGCGGCUACGAUAUUGGCACUUCGGCGCUUACUAGAAAGGUGCUGGGUGUGUUCACACCUAAGGAUCUUCUGCUCCGCGUCACGGGUGCUGGUCUGGAUGCUGCUGAGACGACUGUUGGUCAGGUCAUGACGCCUGACCCUGAGACGGCUCCGCCGACCACCAAGCUUGUGGAUGCGCUUCACGUCAUGUAUGAGCACAACUUUCUGCACUUGCCGAUCGUGAACAACGAGACGGACACGAUUGUGGGUAUGCUGGACGUGUUGUCCUUGUGCUACGGUACUUUUGCAAGCGGUGCGGCUGCUGAAAGCGGCAAGCCCAUUGACGAAGACUCGGACUGGCGCUCGUUCUGGGAUGUGUCGUUGGCUCUCGGCCACGACGACGACGACUUCAGCGAACUUGCAAGUAUGACGGGCUCGCGUAUUUCUCGUCGGCGUCCGGGCAAGUACACGGAGAGCCACCACUCGUCGAUGAUGGACCACGUUCCCGAGCCUGAGGGUGCGAUGCGACCCGUUUCGAUGCUGCGACCGCAGGAGGUGACCCGCAUCAACGAGUUUAUCACUGUUGCAGAAGCUGCGAAGCGCAUGCGGCAAGCACGUGUCGAGGCUGUUGUGGUGACGACAGAAGAGGGCGAGCUUCGUGGUAUCCUGACGGACACUGACAUCACGCGCCGCGUGCUGGCCGAAGACAUCGAUCCGGAGAGUUGCUCGGUUGCAUCUGUGAUGACUACCAAGCCUAGCUGCGUGUACAUGGAGGACCAGGCCAUUGAGGCUAUCACUAAGAUGCUCGAGGGCCGGUUCAAGCACUUGCCGGUUCUCGGCUCGGAUGGCACCCCGCAAGGAAUGCUCGACAUUUCCAAGUGCCUCUACGAUGCCAUCACGUGUCUGGAGAAGGUGCAGCAGUCGACGGAGGCGGCAGCGUCCGAGUUCUCGCGUGAUCUCGGCACGGGCUCGAAUCUGCAGCGGCUGCUGGGUCCGAUGAUGGAGAAGAUGGUCCGGCCUACCGUUGGUGACGCGCUUGACGGCGAGAUCAUGCCGCCUGUGAUUAACAUUCACACCACGGCGGCUCGUGCGGCGAAGCUGAUGGCAAACACGAAGAAGGCUGCGAUCGUUCUUGGCGACGAGCAGGAGCUGUGUGGUAUGGUGACGACGAAGGACCUGCUGCGCAAGCUGGUGGCCAAGGGUUUGUACGCCGAGACUACGACCGUUGAGGAAGUGAUGACGAUGGACCCCGACCUGAUGGGGCCCAAUAUGAGCAUCGUGGAUGGUUUGCGCUCGCUGCACGACGCCGGUCAGCUCUUCAUGCCGGUGCUGGCUGACGACGGUGAGAUCCUGGGCAUGGCGGAUGUGAUUUGCCUGAGCUACGGCCAGUUCCAGACUACGUCUGGAGGCACGUCGAACGGCGACUGGCGGCAGUUCUGGCAGACGGCCAUGAACCUGCAGGAGGAGGUUGCGGGAGGUGCGUACGGCGGCAUGAACGACGAUGCUCGCUCCGUGGGUACCAUCGAGGAGUUCGAGCGCGACGAGUACAACGCUUCGACCCCGACGGCGAGUGCUGUGGGCAUCAACGGUGCCGGCAGGUACUCCAACUCGCUGGGUGCGUACGCCGAGCUGGGCGAGAGCGUGUCGGUCGUUAGCGGUGCCAACACUGCAACGACCAGUGUGCUGAUGCAGAAGGUGACGGACGAGAAUACGUUCGUGUUCAAGGUGAGCGAUGGGCCUCAGGGCCACUUCCACCGCAUCAUGUGCCGGUUCAACACGAUGGGUCCGCUGCUGGAGCAGAUUCGCUUCAAGAUGGGGCUGGACGACAAUGAGGCGCUGCGCCUCAAGUACGAGGACGACGAGGGUGAUCUGGCGCUGCUGACGUCCGAUGAGAGCCUCGUGGAGGCUGUUCACAUGGCCCAGCGCGCCGGGUGGAAGCGCCUGGUCCUUGUGGUGGACGUGGUCAAGCGUCCGCAGCACGACGGCAACGGCAGCGUGGUGUCAGUGGCCAGCUCGGCAGCCAGCGGCUCGAACGCCGCCGGCCCCAAGCCGCGCAACCGUCUGCUCACCAAGGUGGAGGAGAUGUCUUCGUCGUCCGAGAGCAGCGACGACGACAGCAGCUCGGAGGAGAUCGUGCGGAAGAAGAGCAAGAAGUCUCGUCGCAGCAAGGGCCGCGACCAGGGCUUCUCACUCCACAGCAACGCCGGCCUCGCGAUCGCUGGCGGAGCUGCCACUCUGGUGAUGGGUCUAGGCGCCAUGGCUCUCAUGCUGCUGCGGCGCAAAUAAACGAUAGGGAAAAGAGAGAAAGAGAGAGAGUUGUAGGAUG